AUGGACCUAUCCACACGGCAGAACCAGCCCAGCUCUGGAGACGAGUUUCUGGAUCUGAUUGCGGAUCCAUUCUCGACCUCAAUCCAGCAGAGCUCCAUAUACGCCGCUAUUGUCUACUCUUUCGUUGUUACGGGUCUCCUCUUCCUCGUCUUCUGCUUCCUGCGCCCACGAAACAACCGCGUCUACGCACCACGAGCGAAACAUGCCGAUGAGAAGCACCGACCGCUUCCGCUGGACAAUGGUCCAUUCGAUUGGAUCAAGGCUGUCACAAAGGCGAAGGAGCAAGACCUCGUGGACAAGAUCGGCUUGGACGCCGUUCUUUUCCUUAGGUUUCUGCGCAUGAUUCGAAACAUUUUUGUCGUACUCAGCGUCAUUGCUUGCAGCAUUCUGAUACCCAUCAACUUCAUCGGGGGGUCGAAAUAUAGCGACGUUGCGACGCUCACAAAAUUUACGCCACAGUACAUCUACGGUGGUAACAAGUUCUGGGCGUUCGUCUUCGUAGCGUACCUUUUCCAAGCGACCGUCUGCGGCUUCAUUUGGUGGAAUUACCGGGCGGUGUUUAGGCUCAGACGUGCAUACUUCGAGAGCAAGGAGUACCAGGCCAGUCUGCACUCACGGACAUUAUUGCUCACCCACAUUCCUCCAUCUUCGCGGACUGACGCCGGAAUCGUUGAACUGGUCGAAUCGGGCAAACAGACAGACGGAGUUCCUAGAGCAGUGGUUGGCCGCAAUGUCAAGGAUCUGCCUGAGCUCAUCGAACAACACGACGAGGCCGUACGCGAACUCGAACAACACCUCGCGAAGUACCUCAGCAAUCCAAACCAGCUCCCUGCGAAACGACCCACUUGCAAAGCCAAGAAGGACGACGCAUCAACCCAUGGAAAGGGGAAAGUUGACGCGAUCGACUACCUCACAGACCGCAUUACAAGACUCGAGGCUUCCAUCAAGGACGUCCGAGAAAGUGUGGACAUGCGGAAUCCCAUGUCCUACGGUUUCGCAUCAUAUGCUCGUAUCGAGGAUGCGCAUGCCGUUGCAUACGCCACAAAGAAGAAGGGACCCAAAGGUUGUGACGUCUACCUCGCACCCAAGCCGCACGAUCUACUUUGGCAAAAUCUCUCAAUGAGUCGGAGGAUGCGCCGCGCAAGAGCUUUUUGGGACGGUCUGUGGAUGGUACUCCUGACAGUCGCUUUCAUUGUUCCUAAUAUCUUGACUUCGGCAUUCCUCUCCAACUUCGCGAAUCUUGGUCUUGUCUGGAAGGACUUCCAAACCAAUCUGAAUGCUCACCCAACUGGAUGGGCUAUUGCACAGGGUAUUCUAGCUCCUCUGGUGCAGACUCUGAUGUACAUGGGCAUCCCAGUCAUCUUCCGUCGAUUGUUCACUCACUCAGGCGAUGUUUCGAAGACGUCUCGAGAGCGUCACGUUGCAUCGCGUCUCUAUGCGUUCUACGUGUUCAACAACCUUGUUGUCUUCUCGGUCUUUGGCUCUGUAUGGCGCUUCGUGGCAGCUGUCAUUGGGGCCCAGAAUCAAGGCGUCUGGGAAGCCAUGAAGAGCGGGCAGCCAUUCACACAGCUCGUGACUGGAUUGUGCAACGUCUCCACUUUCUGGCUUACAUGGCAGAUGCAAAGGAACUUGGGUGCUGCAAUCGAUCUGUCGCAAGCCUGGACGUUUGCUUGGUCCUGGAUUCAGCGCACCUUCUUUUCUCCCACACCGCGCGAACUGAUCGAACUCAGUGCUCCCCAGCCAUUCCCCUAUGCAGAGUACUACAACAACUAUCUGUUCGUUACCACGGUCGGUCUCUGCAUGGGAUCACUACAGCCUAUCAUCUUCCCGGUUACUGCUUUCUACGUCGGCAUGGACUGCAUCUUCAAGAAAUACCUCCUACAGUACGUCUUCAUCACCAAGACCGAAUCCGGGGGCCGCUUCUGGCGCCUUCUCGUCAACCGCCUGCUCUUCGCCAUCUUCUUCGGCAACGCCGUCAUCGCCCUGGUCGUCGGCGCCAAAGGCGUCGGCAAUCAAAACGUCUUCGUCAUGGGCAAAUUUCUCUACGCCAUGGUACCCCUCCCGUUCUUCCUCUUCGGCUUCAAAUGGUACUGCAAAAAGUCCUUUGACGACAAGCUGAUCUACUACUCGACCCUCCCCGUCUCCGACAUGGAACCCGCCAACAACGCCAACCACCCAAAGGCCCGCAAGAGCGACAAAGUCGCCGUCCGCUUCGGCAACCCGGCUAUCUACAAAAAACUAAUCACCCCAAUGGUCCACGCCAAAUCCCAACACCUCCUCAAGGAAAUCUACAGCGCCCGCGACUCCCCCCUCUUCAACGCGCCCCACCGCCAUUCCACCGACCGCGCAAACCCCUCCUCCCUCGCCUAUGGCGACGUAUACAUGGCGGAUCUGGGCCCCGACGCCCCCGCCCUGCCCGCCGUAGAAGUCAUCGACGAAGCCGACCUAGACUUCGCGCACUUCAAGCGACGCGCUGAGUUCCGCGAGGCCUUUGGCGGCGACGGCGAACUGUACGGCCGGCCCGACGACCUGAUCUCGCGGCCGGGCACGCCCAGCACGCUCUCGACCUUCGUGGGCGGCGGCGCGUUCGCGAGUCCCGCGGGCAAGGCGGGGUCGCUGGCGGGCAGCCGCGCGAGCAGUCGCACGCGGCUGGAUGAGGAGAGCGAUGGGGGGCAUAGCUAUGCGAAGGGGUAUCGGCGGCCGAUGGAGGGGGAAGCGGAGGGGGAGCGCGAUAUGGUCGAUGUGUCGAUUCCGGGGACGCCGUUGGAUGUGGAGGAUAUGCUGCGGGCGAGUGAUAGUCGACAGCCGCUUGUGGAGCGGGGGAGGGACGGGUCGCCCGCGGGAGGGUAUUUCAAUAGAGGUAGAGGGGGGAGAGAGGAUGCGGGGUAUCAGCGGGUUCGAGAAGGGUAG